CUCUAACUCUAGCUCUCACUCUACUACUUACUCACUCACUUGAGUUGUGGAUGACCACAAAGGCCAACAUUUGCUUCUAUUUAUACUACUUCAUGACCAACUACUAAGAAUACUCUAGACUUGGAAAUCUCUAGAGCUAAUUGACCUAGAUCAUUCUAGAGAAAGAAUUCUCUAGAUACACAUGAUGGAAAAUGUCUUAGAAGACUCUAGAAUGGGCUUGCACUCUUUUUAUCUUAGAAGAGUCUAGAUAUCUCUAGACUGGGCCUAUGCAUUUAGAUAAGCCCAUGGGAGUUAUAGUUAGCUAUCUAGAUAAUUCUAGAUUUACCCAUCACAAUUAUCAAAUGUUUUUAACAUGCUGAAGAAAGCUUUUGAACUUUCUGUACUUUGUGAAGCUGAAGUUGCUUUGAUAGUCUUUUCACCGAGAGGAAAACUCUAUGAAUUCUCCAGCAGCUCUUCCAGUAUGCAAAAGACAAUCGACCGCUACCAGAAGUAUAAUAAAGAUGUACAGGUCAAUUACAGCAGCAACAACAAAGCAAUAGAAGAACGAAAUUCACAGCAAUUGAAAUAUGAAGCUGCAAACCUCGAAAAGAAGAUUGAGAAUCUUGAAGCCUCUAAAAGGAAGCUAAUGGGAGAAGGCUUAGAAUCUUGCUCCAUUGAUGAAUUGCAGACAACUGAGAAUCAGUUGGAGAAGAGCCUACUUAGUAUCAGGGCAAAAAAGAAUCAGUUAUAUAGGGAAAAGAUUGAGCAACUAAAACAAAAGGAAAAGCAGCUAUUAGAAGAGAAUGAAGUUUUAUGCCAGAAGUGUGGGCCUCGGCAAUGGGAACAACAGAACCAACAGAAUCACCAACAGAGAGAAAUAAUACCUUAUGAAACUAGUCCAGAUUCUCAUGAGGUGGAAACUGAGCUACAAAUCGGCAGGCCUGAAAGAAGGUGACGUUAUACAACUCCUCCUAAUUGCUAUCAUUAUGAUUGUAUGUAGGCCUGAUAAACGAGGCAAUGCAAGUUAUGCUAUUGUAUAAUUAUUCAGUUAAGUAUGUGUCUUGAUUUUCAAAAUCAUAUGACCAAUUUCUUAUGUUAAUGUAGUCAGAACUGAAUUAUCUGAUAUUGAGGUGUGUAGAAUAAUAAACCAGCUUGAGUAUAUGAAUGGUGUAAGAUUUCAGUAUUUAUUUAGAAGAGGACCAAAUGAAUACAGGUAUAUUCUCUAAA